UCAAGAGAGAGUGUGAAAGAUGAAGGAAACAGGACGAGGAACCCCAAAGGCAAGCGACAACCCCUUUCCAAAGAACGGACUCGACUUGAGAGAGAGCAAGGUUGUAUGAGUCAGGCAACAAUGCAUUCACUCAAGGCAAACAUUGUUGCUUUUCUUAAUCCUAAUCGAGUGUCGGCGGAUCCCCCGAUACACUAGGUGACCAACUCCCUUGUCUUCCCGUACAAUAGCUGGCUAGUCUGCCUUGCAUUCACCGAUCAAUCUUCAGCUCCUUAUCUUUGUCCAAUCAAUGUUGGCAUGGGGGCUUAGGAGGUUUCCAAGUUAUUGCCGAAGGUGGUUUAACUUGCAUGAGUGAGUUUCAGACGCAAGCCUCUGUGUCUGCCUGGUGCUUCGCCCCCAUUGCACUUGUAAAGAGAGCAGAAAGACGGGUUCAGCUCAUCCCUCAGACUCGUUUCUGUCUUCCAGUAUCAUCACACCGUGUUCUCACCAUUCUCAUCUACACGUACCUACAUCAUACAAUGUCUCUGACGAAGACCAUAAGCCCCGCGUCAAGCGUACCUAACAUCACUGAACUACGUAGACAGCUUCAGUACGGCAACAAUCAUCCCACCUUCAGUGACGAUAUCAAAAUGUUUAGAAAGAAUUAUCGAACACCUUCCGGCCUCGUGGGUAUGGACCUUUAUGACUGGAGCUCUCCGCAGCACCAAGCUGCUCUUGAGGAGAUGACCAAUGCGUAUCUCGAGCAAGAAGGCCGUGGGAACCUGUAUUGGCCAGACGACCGGACUUCAGCCAAUCUCAACAUUUUACAAUACUCGAGAGAUCAUUCAAAGAUCAAAACCCUUACGAAACAGCUCAUGUUCCGCCUCAACCAACAGCAAUAUCGCAAUCAUAAAUACAAAGGCAAGGAAAGGUCUGGCGGGGACGAAACACACGAACGUGAUCGGAGCGUCACAGACCCCAUCAACGUGGAUGGUUCCGAUUCUAAGUCAAACAAUCCAUUCGGAAGCCACCCUGGCAUUUGGAUCAAAUAUGACACCGUAGGAAAAAGCAGCUCUUCAGAAAAGAACCGCGUGUCAAGCACCACCGCUCAGGCGAACCCAGCAUCGGUCGGAGUAUCCGUGAACGUCUCUGGCACGAAAGACGCCGACGAGGAGGAUGUUUAUACUGUGCCUCUCAGCCCAGAGCCAUUGACUUCUACAAAGCAACACCGCAUCACAACUUUACAGUUCCCAUCUCAAAGUGCGGGAUCAAGCGACGCAACGGCCUCGAGCAACAAACGCGCUGCGGAGCCCGUAGACUGCAACCAAACAGCGACCUCGUCGAAGCGAACCAGACCAUCGAGCUUCAAACCCAAUGGUGACGGCUCGUACUCCCUCCCUACAUAUGCGGCUAAGAAGAGCGCACCAGGCUACAUGCCUCGUAAUUCGCCAAGAGGCAGGAAGGCACGCCAGAAGCCAGACUGUGCGACGGACGAGCAAAUACGAGAGGCUAUCGGAUCUCCAACGGAAAGCGAAAUUCAGGUCACUACCGAACAAGAUGAAGCACAAGGCCAACUGUCAAAUGCAUCGACAGACACUCAUGUGGAGAAUGUAUCUCCAAACUUAGGAGAUCAAGCAGGACAACCGUCCACGGAGUCCGGUUCGAAAUCUACGAUCGAACCCGAGAAUACCACGACGUCGGCAGCAACCCCUUUGAACACUGCAAUAAACCCCCUAUAUUCAAGCGUCCCGCCUACGCCAACGUCCAUGGAAGGGAGCAUACAACCAGCGACCAAUGAAGCAACUCCACCGAAACCCACCCCAGCCCCUAAACCGACUAUCAGCUUCGUCUACAGCGUAAUCUCAUCUCGCGUUCCCAUCCUCCAAACGAAGCUAUGGCAACCAAAGGGCAAAUUCCAAGACAAGACCCUAGCCAACGUGUUCCAUGAACUAGAACUCGACGAGAACGUCCAUGGACUUGUAUUCACCCUGGAAGGACCGGGUUGUCGCUCUGAGGGUGGCCAGAUCGAUCGCGAUGACGAGGUGAGUUUUGAGGGCAUGAAGCGAAUGUUCAAUAAGCAGAUCAGAGCUUGUGUUGCUAGCCAUGCUAGCAAUAGCAAGCCUUUACUUUUUGAAUUCGAGAUUGAGCCGCUGAAAGGGGAAGAGCCAGCGAGAGGGCCAGAGGCGGAGGAAGAGGAUUUUAUUUGGUAGAAAUCAUGGGUGCUCGGUGUCGAGUUGGGACUACCUUCUCACAUUUUAGGUCUCUUGACUUCCUUUUCGCCUGUCACUUGUUCCAUAAUAGCAGAUAUUAUAGCGAGAUUCCAAUAUAUUAGUCUAUCAUAUCAUUCAUCAAAAAGACCCCAGAAUCAUAAACU